AUGGACACGCCGUCGUCGCUGGACAUAUCGUCCCACCCGAUCGACAGCGCGUUCGACUCCGAGUCGUGCGCGUCGUUCGAGGUCAGGACCCCGGGGUCGACGACCCCGAGAGCUGGGGGCGGUUUGUGGGGGAACGACGCCAAGUCCAAGUGGAAGGAGGACGCGAGAACGCCCACCCCGGUUCGGGGAUACGCCGAGCGCAUCGCGGAGGAGGAGGAGGAGGAGGAGGACGCGUACGACGACGCGGCGAGCCGCGCGUCCUCGCGACGGUCCGCGCGGGCGUCGUGGCAACCGGGGACGCCGGACGAGGAGACGCGCAUCCCGGCGUCGGACGACGACGACGACGACGACGUCCGCGUCCGCGUCCGCGUCGCGGACGACGGCGAGGGGGGUUUCGAAUCGGACGCGGUCGCGCCGCCGUCGCCGUCGCCGUCGCGGUCGAGCGACGACGACGCGCGGUGCGUCUCCCUUCGCGACUUUCACGCCGCGCUCGGCAUGGCGUCCGCGGCGCUCCGGGCGAAGGACAAGGCCACGGAGGCGAUGCGCAAGGUGUACAGGGAAGAGAAUGAAAUCUUACGCACGGAGCUGCGCAUCGCGCGAGCGCUGCUCGACGCCGCGAAUAAGAAGAGAUCGAACGGCGACGAGACCGCGGACGAGGAGUACGACGGUCCGGAGGGUAGUGAAACGUACGAUGUAGAAGCGUUACGGUCCGAGCUCGAGAUGGAGAGGGAGGUGAACCGGCACUUGGAGCGCGCGUUGGACAUGGAAGCGCGCGCGGCGGAGGAGGAGCGGACGCGGUGGGAGGCGGAGAGAGACGAGCUCCUCGAGAGCGUGCGGAGCAUUCUGCCGUCGUUCGGGAUGGACGUCGAGGGGUACGAAGCGCGCGAGAGGGCGAAGCUGCCCGUGCCCGAGUUUGUGGGUUCGUGA